AUGGGCAAGCGGAGGAGAAGCGAUGACAGUAAUGAUAUACGGCCUACUGUCAAGAGAUGCCGGACAGGCUCGAAGCGCAACCUACUCGAUAUAAGCGAUGAGAUCCUCCUCCGAGUCUUGUCGUUUCUUCCGAUCAAAGACUUGUUACGCAUCGAACGUGUCUCGCAGCGUUUUCGUACCCUUGCCGGCGAUGGGGGGAUAUGGAAGGCGAAAUAUUAUGACACUUGGAUCGACCAUCGAGCACGUCGACUGCCGCCGGAUAAGACGCAGGAGGGGUCGCGGCAGAGAGUCAAGAUCCUGAGGUGGCUGGAACACGGACAAAAGUUACGAGACGGUGCAACAAUCGAUUGGAAGCGUCAGUUCAAGAUCAAGAGUAAUUGGGCUGCCGGUGCAGCGAAAGUCCAUGAGGUCGAGGUCGCCAAUCCUCCCGCCCCGCCUGUAAUCGCGAGAGUCCUCAAGGGUGUAGUAUUCACUUUCGACCGGCGGUCUGGACUGCGAGCAUGGGUCUCUUCAGCAGGCACACGGACACUGAAGGCAUGCUUGCCCUUCGAAGCCUCUCGAGUUGCGACGGCGAUGGCCGUCGACAGUUUUGAUGGGGUGACCCAUGUACUUUUGGGGUUUGAAGAUGGAUCAUUUUCGACGUAUACGUUCACGAACGAGAGUGGUUUUGAACACGGCACAGGUCACCAAACUACAGACGGGCCUCUUGUCGCUGUGGCCCUCGCAAUGCCAUAUGCGAUGACCGUCUCCAAGACGAAGUUUCUGUCUUUGUACGAUUUGACUGAGAAUUCGGAGGUGGACAGGUCGAAAGCCAACCUCGAGCCAGUCGCGAGACUCCAGUCUGAUGCGUCGUUCUCCCCAGUGUCGUUGGCUCUCCGACGGACACCUACGCGAAUCAUCGCCACUGUUACCUACGCCUUCCAUCGUCUGAAUUCCGGUUGGUGUAUGGGAUUACAAGAGAUCGCCAUGUCUACUAAUGGUACGGUGAUGGACAGCCGACUGACGUCCACCAUCGAGACGCCAUUCGAUGCACAAUAUCAAGGCCGAGACACUUGGAAAAUGUCGACGCGGUCCACAAGUUCGGUACCAUUUCCACUGCAUCCUCAGCUGAUGAGCCCACCCACCUCCUUGUCUUACGAACAUCCCUUUCUCGUCUGCUCGCUUGCGGACAACACCAUUAUGUCAUUUUUAGUGACGUCAAACGAGAGUAAACUGGAAAUCAGCGCAGGUAGACGGCUCUGGGGACACACGUCGGCCGUCUCUGGAGCAGAAGUCAACAAUCGCGGCAAAGCUGUGUCGAUCAGCAGCCGUGGGGAUGAGAUUAGAGUAUGGGAAUUGGAACCGGUGAUGACAAGUAACGCUCAAUCCAAGACAAGCACCCGGAUAAAGGCGGUAGACAGCUUCUCUGGAGUGACUGCGGCACUGACUCGAAGGGGCACUGGCUUGGGUCUUGCACUGCAUGAAAUGAAGCGAGAGCUCGGCCUGACAAGAAGCUGGGUCGGUUUCGACGACGAGCAGGUUGUGGUUCUGGGCGAGAGAGAUCAAAAACAGAUAAUGGCACUAUACGACUUUACAUAG